AUGUCGGCUGUUGCCGAUGCGCUGGAUGCAAAAGUGGUGCCAGGGCUCCGCGAAUGGGUGACUCUCGCCAGCGGCUUCGGAUGGACGGUCAUCUUGGGCAGCCUAGUGACCUUCUUCUUCACCUUCUUCUUCUACGGCUGGGCAUCCUUGCAAGCACUUCUAGAGGCUGAUGGCGUGUAUUUGGCCGUGUGCGCCCCGGAGGAGCCGCUGUGCGCGGAACGCACAAGCCGCAUGAUUCUGCUAUACACGGUGGACAACCUUGUCACCGUGGUCAACUCAGCUGUCAUGGCCAUGGCCGUGGAUCGAGUUGGUCCGGCCGUUUUGGCCCUUUUAGGUGGUCUCCUUCAAGCGGCUGCCCUGUUCCUCAUGGCACUCUCCAAGGGGUCCACCUCAACGCCCUUCGACGGCUUUCUGGCAGCCUUCAUCUUGAGCGGCAUCGGCGGCUCAACGUUGAUGGUGCAGAGCAUGAGGCUUGCCUUUGCCAUCCAGCCGCGGUUCUUCGCCACCAUAAUGACCGCAAUGAACUGCCUGGUGGACUCCUCUGCUGUCACACCUCUUGGGCUGUAUCGACUAUAUCUGCUGGGCAUGUCGCGAUUCAGCAUAUUUGCAGGAUACGGCAUCGCCUGCCUCGUGUUGUCCGUGUCCCUGGCUUUUUGCUGGUGCGGAAGCCCUCUGCAAAUCCUGAAAGCUUUGAAUGCGGAGGAGUUGAAGUCGGCAGAGCUCAGCGCAACGAAGGAGGGAAACGGUUCCAGCCGCCCACGCCUCCAUGGGCUCCCAGUGAGGGAGCAGGUUUGGUCACUGGAGUUCGCCUUUGCCGGCAUGUUCCUCUCUACACAGCUGUUUCGCAGCAACGCCUACCUCGGCAUUUGCAAGGACUUGUUGCAGUCUCUUGGAGACGUGGAGACGAACAACCUGUACACCCAGAUUCUCAGUGCCUUACUACCUGCCUCAGCCCUGCUACUGCCGGUCUUUGACCUCUGCAUGUCGCGUGGAGGUUUCGUGUUCACCUUCGGCGUGGUUCUCUCCCUUGGCGCGAUUUGGGGUGUGGUCGUCCUCAUCCCCUCCCUGCAGCUGCAGCUUCUGGCCUUCCUGGCCUUCACGAACUACCGUGCUUUGUUGUUCGGGGUCUUCUUCACCUUCCUGGGCCACAGCUUCGGAAAUCGGACGUUUGGCCGGAUCAGCUGCUUGUGCUACAUGCUCUCGGCUGGUCUGUCUUGGUUGAUCUGGCCGUUGAGCAACGUCUCCAAGCAGCUGGGUGGUGACCUCACCUUCAUGAACGGGUUCCUGCUGCUCCUUGGGCUGCUGCCCAUUUGGAUGGUGAUCCUCCUGGCCCGGCACUUGCGGCGGUUUCCGACGGGAGAUUUGCGUGCGAAGCCUGACAACAAAAAGGUGGAGUGGGAGGAGGAGGGGACCGUCUUUGAUUCGGUCUUGGUGGGCGCCAGUCGAGAGGUGACUGCGAGACCCCUGCGGUCCUUAUGGAGACGUUGCUUCGGAUACCUUGCCUGA